GACAUGAGAGAUAUGGAAGCUAUUACCUAUGCUAUUUGGGUAAUUUAGACCGAAUUAUUUGUUUAUUGUUAUGACAUUGACAAGUGCGAAAUCGUAAAUACCUUACAUUUGUUUUUCUUUUUAAUGAUCCUUCCAAAUUUUGUUAGCUUUCAAGAUCUUACGAUACCGUGGUAUUCGUUCUUGAAAUUAUGGAAAUAUUUUACUGUCGCUAGUUCUAAAUAUUUAUAUGCUAUAUGAAUUUCAAUUGUAUGUAAAUUUCUUAUUUAUUUAAUAGUCUUUUAAACGAGUAGAUAUUUUGUAAAUUAUAUAAUAUAGAAUGAAAACGACAUAACUGAGAAUCGAUUAUGGAGACUAUAUUAUCAUCAGACGAUAGCAGUGAUCGUGAAUUAAAGAGUUUAAAAAACCAAUUAAAAGGAUAUGGCUUAGAUGAAGAUAACUUAAGGAAAGAAGAAAUGACAGAUCUACUGAAGGCACUAAACUUUUCAAAGGCAACAGUUCAUCAAGAACAACUAUUGCAGAAAAGUAAAGAGGAUGGCAGCAGCAAUUCAUCUCCCAAGAUGCUGAAAAGACGAUAUUUAAAUGUGAGAGAUAGGCGUAUGCCUUGGAGUCUUUUCCCUACACCUUUAACACCAGCUGAAAAAGCAAGAACCCUUGCAGUGUAUAUUAAGUUAAUGUCAAUAAAUGCCUACCGUCAAGCCAGACAAUCAACAAAUUUGGCUGUAUGGUCACCCUCAAUUCAGAUCAUGGAGUCGACGAGGAUACAGCCACAUAGAUCAACCAGGAGUGGUCGCUCUGUUCCCCUUUAUACUGACUUUGAUGAUGAUUCCUCAGAUUUUGACUGUGUAAUAACUAAAGCAAAGAAGAGAAGGACUUCAAAUAAUGAACAAAAUGAUGUAUGUAUUAAAAAAGGUUCAUUAAGCUUAAAGCGAAAAAUUUCAAAAGAUGAACAAAUACGACCUAUAAAAGAAGCCAAAGUUAUAACUGAAAUUCAAAAAUCAGAUGAAAAUAAUUUAAAUAUGGAUAUUUAUUCAAUAGUCGAAGACUGAUAUAUAUUAUGUAGAAACUUGCAUAAUAAAUUUACCCCCAGUUUGCAUUUUAAAUAAAAAUUAAUUAAAUUACA